CGUGCUCUCCUCUCUUCUUGCGUUUGGCUUCUCCUCCUCCGUUAUUUCGGCUUCCGCAGCAGCGCAACUAAUCUAAAAUUAGGAAAUUGAAAUAGAAACAGAGUAAACAAGGAGAAAAAUCAAAUUUUUUUUCAGAAUUAUAAGCAUAAUUUCAUAUAUUAAUGGACGCUUACUGCUCGGACUGCAAGCGGCAGACGGAGGUGGUGUUCGACCACUCAGCAGGGGAUACGGUGUGCUCGGAGUGUGGAUUGGUGUUGGAAUCACAUUCGAUCGAUGAGACCUCCGAGUGGAGGACUUUCGCUAAUGAGUCUGGAGAUAAUGAUCCCGUCCGUGUUGGUGGACCUACGAAUCCUCUCUUAACUGACGGUGGUCUUUCCACCGUCAUAGCCAAGCCUAACGGUGCUUCUGGCGAGUUCCUUUCCUCUUCCUUGGGUCGCUGGCAGAAUAGAGGAUCCAAUCCGGAUCGGGGUUUGAUUUUGGCGUUUAAAACUAUAGCUACAAUGUCUGAUAGGUUGGGCCUUGUUGCAACUAUAAAGGAUCGGGCAAAUGAGAUCUAUAAACGGGUGGAAGAUCAAAAGUCCAGUAGAGGAAGAAAUCAGGAUGCCUUAUUGGCUGCUUGCCUCUACAUUGCUUGUCGACAAGAAGACAAGCCACGAACUGUUAAGGAAAUUUGCUCUGUCGCCAAUGGAGCCACAAAGAAAGAAAUUGGCCGAGCAAAAGAAUAUAUAGUGAAACAGCUGGGGUUGGAGACGGGUCAGUCAGUGGAGAUGGGAACAAUACAUGCUGGGGAUUUUAUGAGGCGUUUUUGUUCCAAUCUUGGUAUGAAUAAUCAAGCAGUUAAAGCUGCCCAAGAAGCAGUUCAGAAGUCAGAACAGUUUGACAUAAGGAGGAGCCCAAUUUCAAUUGCAGCAGCAGUCAUUUAUAUUAUAACUCAGCUUUCAAACGAGAAGAAGCCUAGUCUCAAAGAAAUUUCAGGUGCCACAGGAGUUGCAGAAGGAACAAUUAGAAAUUCCUACAAGGAUCUCUAUCCCCACGUGUUGAAGAUAAUCCCAAGUUGGUUUGCCAAAGAAGAGGAUCUCAAGAAUCUUUCCAGUCCUUGAGCUACAGCAGAGCAGACAAUAAUGCGAAAUACUUAAAAAAACACGUUUGAAUUGGUUCAUAUAUUUAGAAACUGUUGAGAAACGGAUCAUUGUACAAGGCGUCUUAUCAUAUUUUCUUGGCAUUUGACUUGCAUAUAGGAAAUCGAAAAAAGUAUUUGAGCCAUUCAAUUCUAAACUCAUGCUUUCUUCUGAGCUAUUUCUUUCUGAUGACA